AGACUUUAAUGCCUCCAAAAUGCCCUCUGAAAGUCUACGAUGGGAAACUUUAGAAGCCCUGAAAAACUCUCCGAAGGGGAAAAUCAAAUACAAUCCAGACUGGCUGGAAAAAGGGGAGGAUAUUCUGGCGGGGUGUAUGGAGGUGUCCAGUCUUUCUCCUCUCUCAGGACAGAUUCUGAAGAGACUGAGUCCUCGUCCACUGCUCAAGACCCGCUCUCUGUCCUCGUGUGUUCGUGAUACGAGUCCCGAGAUUUCGGAAGAUCUUGCUGCUGGAGCUUCAUUUUCCCAGACGAGUCCCAGACAGAUUUCAUCUCCCACCUCUCCACCUCCGUUCUCCAUCCACGCUGAGGAUGAUGAGCAGAAUGCAGAAGAAAUAAAGGAAGAUUCUGUUGUGAGUCCUGUAGCAAGCUCACCUCCAGCAAUUUCCGUCCUGUCGCCCAGAGCCACACAGAUGGCCGGCUGCAUCCGCAUGUGUGAGCAGAAACACAAGGCCAAAGCAAAGGCGGAGCUGAGUCUCAGACAGGAGCAGCAGGAGCGGCUGGUGGCCACAGCUGCCAACUGUGAGUCUGAGCAGCUCAAACGCUACGAGGAGUUAAUGGAGCUCAAACAGAGACAGGAGCGCCAGAGUAUGAGAGACAUGAUGGAGAAAGAGACACAGGAGAGUCUCGGCCGGCAGGAGAAGCUGCGAGAGGAACACAGACACAGAAUGAAAAUCCUGAACCUGCGUCUGCGGGAGGCGGAGCAGCAGCGUCUGCGGGAGGCGGAGCUUGAGCGUCAGCGGCAGGUGGAGGGAAGAGAGCGGCACAGAGCUAUCAAUGCCAUACAGGAGGAAGUGCUACAGCUCAAUCAGCUCCUACAGCCACGCCCCUCCACACAUACUGACCCCGCCCUUGACCACACCCCCUACAUCACCCGCGGCAACCAGCUCUGCUCGCAGGUGUCAGAGGUGGUUCCGGCCUCUGCAGACGGUCAGUUUCUCAGCGUGGAGGAUUUGACCGUGGCGGAGCGAGCGCUACAGGAAAUGAGGUCACUUGUCAGAAACCUGCAGGACGAGGUGGCACAGGCUGCCGAGAGGAAGAGGAAGGAGCAGGAGGAAGAGGAGGAGAAGAAGAAGAGGCACGAGGAGCUGAAAGCCCAGCAAGAGGAGCAAAAGAAAACUGCAGCACGGUCCGCUAAAGAGAAAGCCAAGAAAGAGGGUCUUCAGACAGGAGCAGAUGAGAGCACUUUAAAAUGGUACCACGCACUGCAGGAUUCGUCCAGUCAGUGUGCUCAGGCGUUUGAUCAGCUCAGCAAAGCUAAAGACACGCAGAUGAAAAAAUUAAAAAUGGAGCUGCAAAAGGCCGCAACCACACCUGUGAGCCAGAUCGCAAACAUCUCAGGCGCGCCGCUGAAGGAGGCCUUUGAGAAGAUCGAUAAGCUGUUGUCCAGCCGUCCAGUGACAUCCGCUGGAAAGACAGUCUCUACAUCCCAGCAUCCUCAGGGGCUGGACUUUGUCAGUUAUAAACUGGCAGAAAAAUUUGUGAAACAAGGAGAAGAGGAGGUGGCGUCCAAUCAUUCGGCAGCGUUCCCCAUCGCCGCUGUGGCGUCAGGCAUUUGGGAACUGCAUCCUAAAAUUGGAGAGCUUAUACUCGCCCACCUCCACAAGAAGUGCCCAUACGCUGUACCGCACUAUCCACCCAUGGAAAGUGGCACGUCUGUGGAGGAUUAUCAGAAGAUUCUGGGAUACCGUGUGGAUGACUCCAAAGUUGAAGGGCAGGACAGCUUUCUGAAGAGAAUGUCAGGAAUGAUUCGUCUCUAUGCAGCAAUAAUCCAGAUGAGAUGGCCUUAUACCGGCAAACAAGGGCCUCAUCCUCACGGCUUGAAUCACGGCUGGCGCUGGCUGGCACAACUCCUCAACAUGGAGCCGCUGGCUGACAUCACAGCAACUAUUCUCUUCGACUUCCUAGAGGUCUGUGGAAAUGCCUUAAUGAAACAAUAUCGAGGGCAGUUUUGGAAACUCAUAUUGCUUAUUUAUGAAGAAUACUUUCCAAGAAUUGAAGCGGUCACCAGCACCGGUCAGAUGGGCUCUGUAACCAGACUCAAACAGUUUCUAGAGACGUCUUUAAGAACUAAGCAGGUUCCCGUUCCCAAGAGCGAGCUUGGCUCCGCCUUCUUCCGGUCCUGAUUGGUGGAAAUACACCUGAUAAAUGUUUCAAUAUAUUCUACACUUAAAUGAAGUAUAAGCCAAUACUGUUUAAUGGACGCACGAGUGUUAAUGCAUUUUUCUCAUCUGUAAGAUUUAUUUAAUCGAGCAUCAUGCCAUCUUCAAGUUAGUUUUCUUUCAUUUGAGCAUGUAAGAAUUUUUUUUUAUUUGUUUUUAAUACAUGUUGGUGUCUUAAUCUAUCCAUCCGAUCUCAAAUUUAUGAAAAUUAUCCUCCAACCAAAAUUUAUUAUCAGUUUACCCCAAACAUAAGCCUUAUUUUCAAUAUGAUGAUGGAGUGUAAUCUCAUGUGCGUACACUAAGAUGAAAUGUACUGUAUAUUGAUGCGGGUAUUUAUGAUUUUAUAUGACAUAAGGAUUAAACCAAGUACACCAAGUGUAUUUUGACUCUUUCUAUGUGUGUUUUUAAAUC